CAUAGUCUAAUUGCGCUGUAUGCAAACCAAACUAGAAUCUCGGUUUUACGUAAAAAUAAUAAUGAUGUAUAGUAGGUAUUUGUGACUCAAGGUAAAAUCAUGAGCUGGUAGUAAAUAGUAGUGUAUUAUGAUGGGUUCCUACAUGUACCACGAGACCAAUAUGGAAUACGAAUACGAGCCUGAGGUGCCGCAUUAUAAUAGUACCCAGGCAAGUCAAAAAAAUGAUGUGCCACAAGAUUUAAGUGAUAAUAGAUCAAACCACAUCAAGACAAUAUCGAAAGUAUACGCAAAUGUAUUAGCUACUAAACCCAGCAGUUUUUACGAAUAUGAAUCAUUUAGUCUCUUCUACGACGAAAUAGAUGAUUAUAGCCUCUUCAAAAAGCUUGGCAGUGGAAAAUACAGCAUUGUUUUCGAAGCAGUCCAUCACGUAAGAGAUGAAAAGGUGGUAAUAAAAAUGCUAAAGCCAGUAAAAAGAAAGAAAAUCAAACGGGAAAUUAAAAUUUUGGAGGGCCUCAAAGGUGGACCGAAUAUAGUGAAACUCUUGGCAGUUGUCCAAAUUCCCAAAGAUCUCACUGCGCUCAUAUUUGAAGAAAUGGUGAACAAUGAAGAUUUCAAAACUGUUUACUUGAAACUGUCCGAAGAGGACACUCAGUAUUAUUUGUAUCAACUUUUAAGGGCUUUGGAUUACUGUCAUUCCAAUGGCAUAAUGCAUAGAGACGUGAAACCUCACAAUCUAAUAAUUGACAGAGAAAACCGCCAAAUUAGACUGAUCGAUUGGGGCCUGGCCGAAUUCUACCAUCCAGGUCAAGAGUACAAUGUAAGAGUGGCGUCCAGAUAUUUCAAAGGGCCCGAACUAUUGGUGGAUUACAACUAUUACGAUUACUCGUUGGAUAUGUGGGGAUUCGGUUGCGUUUUCGCUUCGAUGCUGUUCCGAAGAGAACCGUUUUUCCACGGAAGUAAUAACCAGGACCAGCUGGUUAGGAUUGUCAAGGUUUUGGGCUCCAAUGAAUUAAAUGCAUACCUCAAAAAGUACAACAUCACUUUGGACGAUCAAUACCUACAAUUGCUGGGUCAUCACUCGAGAAAAUCCUGGCAAAGAUUCGUCAACACUGAAAGCGAACAUUUGGUGGACACCGCCGCUUUCGAUUUGCUGGAAUCUUGUCUCAAAAUUGACCACAUGGAGCGGAUCUCUGCGAAAGAAGCUUUGGCCCACCAGUACUUUGCAAAAGUGCGCAGAAGGGCUAACGUUGAGGGGCCUAGCGCCACUUGUACUUUGAAUGACAUGAAAACCCCUUAAGUUGAAUUUUUAUGUAAUAUGAUUAUUUUAUUUUUGUUUCUAGGGCUAGGCAUCUAUUUAUGCCUAAUAAUAAGAAUUGUAGUUUAAUUUGAUAUUUAAAUAAAGGAUGUUUUUGUGAGGUACAUAUAUCUAAUUUAUUCUACAUUAACAAACAAAGGGUCACUGCCCCUUUUCCACUUUCUCAAUGUAAGUCUCUAAAUCGUCAAGAGGCCUGUAAUAUAAAUGUACCAUUUGAGACCCCGCGCACAUUGAAAGCAAAGCGGCAGCUGUAAAUUUUAAAUAUUGACUCCAAGGGACUCCCGCUGGCAUGUUAGAUUCCUAGUGCUGAUGCCCCUCUUGUUGCCGUUUUUCUAGGAUAUUUAAAGCUUGCCGUUUCUUGAAUGUUUGAUCUAGAAAUAAAAUAUUGACUCCUUGUGAUUGUAAUUAGUGGAACUUACAAAAAUUCACUUCUCCGACCCUCCAAUUGAUCAUGGAAAAUUCCAAAGCGGCGCCUAGAAGGAAAAACACCGGUAAAAACCUGUAGAUUCCCAAAGUUUUCUUGCCUGGCCAGCGGUCCAGAAAACGUCUCAAUCUUGGAUUAUAAAGUUUCAUUUAUUUUUAAAAAUUUUGUCAAAAAAAGGGGCCAAAAAAUUAGGUUAUGUUGC